AUGACACUCGAAAAGCUCGCGGACAACCGCGCCGUCAAGAUGCUAAACGCCGCAGCAGAAGGCAAAUACGGCGUGCUCGGAGUAGUUUCAUACAACCUGGAAACCAUCGUCGCAGUAAUCAAAGCCGCGGAAGCAAAGAAGAGUCCCGUACAGAUUCUACUCUUUCCAUGGGCACUGCAAUACUCUCCUCUAUUCAUAGAUCUUGCUGCAAAUGCUGCUCGCAAAGCCAAAGUCCCCGUGACAGUUCACAUGGAUCACGCACAAGAUCCCGAGGUGAUAAAGAUUGCCUCGCAGAUCAAGGCGGCGGAUGGUACUCCUGCUUUCGACUCCAUCAUGGUGGAUAUGUCACACUAUGAAAAAGAGGAGAAUCUGGCCAAAACGAAGGAAUUGGUCGCUCUGUGUCAUUCGCGAGGCAUUGCGACUGAAGCGGAGCCAGGUCGGAUUGAAGGUGGUGAGGAUGGGGUUAAAGAUACGGCGGAGCUGGAAGGGAUGAUGACUACUGAAGAAGAAGUUGAUGAUUUCAUUGCGACGGGUAUCGACUUUCUUGCUCCUGCUUUUGGAAAUGUUCAUGGAGACUACCAUGGCGUGGAGAACAUUCACUUGGACUACGACAGAUUGGAGACGAUCCAGAAAAAGGCUGGAAAGAGAGUACAGAUCGUGCUACACGGCACAAACGAAUUCCCAGAAGAGGUCAUGGCCAAAUGUAUUGAACGAGGAGUCACUCGGAUCAAUGUAAACAAGCUGGUGCUGUCGGACUAUAACAAAUAUGUGGAGGAGAACACUGGCAAGGUUCCUUUGACUCAGCUUAUGGAGACGGGUACCUCACUCAUUCAAAAGCAAAUGGAGGGCUGGAUGGAUGCCAUUGGAAGCAGCGGCAAGGCAUAG